GCGACUGACAAUGAUGUUAUAAUGCGGUUUUCUUUCCGCAGAUGGGAGCGGGUUUUUAAUCAUUGUUACACCAGGUAAAGCGGCAGAGUCACUUCCACGCAGAGUAAGUUGCAAGGUGAAAUUGACCGUGAGCGACGCGAGGACGGUGCGAACUUCCAAACCUUUUUCGGACCUGCGUCUGAUAUGCAAAUACAGCAGUGGGGUUGGGCAGAUCCAAGCUCAGUUCCCGAGUCCAUGUUUCAUGCGCAACUGCACAGCAGAAGUUUCUCUGCUGGCUGCGUUAACGCUGAGGGGGAGUCCGGGAUUCUUUAGCGGACGCGUUUGUUUGGAUUCCGCUGCUUUAGCGAGCGUUCAAUGCAGGAUAAGGUGUAGAUAUUCAGCAGAGUAUGAAAUUAAAGAAGUUGAAGACAUUUGAAUGAGAAGCAAACCGAUGGACGUUUCCAAGGUUGCGGUUAAGAAAUUACAGUAAAUUAUGGGAACACAUUACAUUGAUUACUGGGUUUGCCAAACGUGCAAACUAGAAGAUAGAAAAAUAAAUUACAUCUAGCCCUGAAAACUGGAUCAAAUGCUGUGGGGCAGAAUGUGGCUUUGGAGGUGGAUAUCAACGUAAUAGAACGAAUAGUUGGAGAAGAAUUGGUAGUGAAGGAGUGGGGAGAAGAAGGAAGGAUGCAGUUUGCAGAGGUACAAAGAAUGAAGACUAUCAUAGUCCCUUGACCAAAAACACUCGGCCUGUAGUUUAUAUUGCAUGUUAACCACAUGUACAGAGCACAGCGCCCUAAUCUCGUUCUAUGGCUGAUGGAGAAGUAGGGCCAACAUUCUAAUUUAAUAAUUGGGUGCAGCUGGUGUUGAUACUUAAUUCUGCCGGACACUAUGCCUGGAACUCUAGCAGUUGUUCCCUUCCAGCUGCUCAUCUUUCUCGUAGGUUGUGGCCUCAGCAGAAAUGUCAACUUUCAUAACGUGAUGCCGCCAAUGUCUCCAACCCCAUUUCCAAAGAGCUUUAAGUGCUUCACUUGCAACAAUGCUUUGGACAAUUAUGAGUGUAACAGAUGGGCUGAAGAUAAAUGGUGCCCUCAGAACACAGAGUAUUGCCUUACGGUGCACAAAUUUACAAGUCGUGGCAGGAGUGAAUCAGUUUCAAAGAGGUGUGUUUCAAAGGAAGAAUGCCACUCUGUGGGAUGCCAUCAUAUCAGAAAAUUUGGUUAUACGGAGUGCGUUUCCUGUUGUGAAGGGACGAUCUGCAACAUUGAAGUGCCAACAAACCACACAAAUGCAGUGUUUAUGGUUAAACAGCAGCAGAGGUUGCCUUCAUCUGGCAGCAUAAGGAUGCAGAACCUAAUCUGGAUCACAACAGCUCUUCCAGUUCUUCUGCUGGUAUGAUGCUACACAGGUCAAAUCUGAUCCAACACUUCAAAUGCAUCAGACACAUUAUCUGAUGCCAACGAUAGAAGAAAAGCAUCAGGCAUUUGCACCCAGGUGCUGAUGGGGUGCAAUGUUAUUUUGUGCUCUAAGUAUACUACAAAGACUGGAUGGUAUUGAUCUAAUGGGAGAAACUGUUGUGACUAUGGACACCCGACUUAGGAACAGUGACUCCAAAUCGCCGACUGAGGAAUGCAGAGGAUAUUCAGUGGAUGCGAUAAAUACAGACUUUUUUUGUGUGUUAAAUCUUUCUGACCAUGCUUCUUUCGUGUUUGUUUGCAUGAUAAAGCUGGCAGUGACAUUGAUUUCUGACAUCCAGUGAAUACAGUUAAAAUAUGUGCAUGCACUUUGGCAAUGCAAGUAUCCAAUCUAUUUGUGUAGGAAGGAACGGCAGAUGCUGGUUUAAACCGAAGAUGGACACAAAAAGCUGGAGUAACUCAGCGAGUCAGACAGCAUCUCUGGAGAAAAGGAAUUGGUUUCUCCAGAAAUGCUGUCUGACCCGCUAAGCUACUCCAGCUUUUUGUGUCUGUGCAAUCUAUUUGGACACAGAUCAAAUCUUUUCUGGUAUGUGCACAUGCAUCCCCAGUUCUAUUGAUGGGAGUAGAAACUGCAGCCAGUUUUUUUCCCCCCCCUCAAGUGAACAUAGUGAUAUGAGGAAAAAAUUAGUUCUGUCCAAUGUGGCCAAUGGAGAAACCAACCAACUCAGAAAAGACCCAAAAUUGAGUAUAGGAGCCUUCUGGUUUUGUUUGACUGGUAACUCCCAGAAUGAGGUCAAUGAACAGAAAUAGAAAAUAUCAGGAGUAACUUCACUGAAAUGUUGAAAUGAAACUGAUCACACUGUAUUUUCCUGAUCACCUGUCACUGACAAUCUCCCACAAGUAAGAUCAACCUAUUUUGCAUUCAAUUACACAUUAAAUAACCAUUUUUAUGGCAAAAAGCUGUUGGAUAGUGGUUUCAGAUGUAAACUUCAUUUGUCAAUACAAGACUAUCCAACAUAAUAGGCUUUAUGCUGAAUUAACUGAGUGAUUUAUUUUUUUUAUAAUAGGUUAUAGCUGAAUGUUAGAAACUAGGAACAGCAGGUGCUGAUUUACAAAAAAAGGACACAAAAUGUUGGGGUGACUCAAUGGGUCAGGCAGUAUCUUUGGAAAGCAUGGAUAGGUGGUGUUUCAGGUUGGGACUCUUCUUUAGAAUAAUUGUGUAAGGGGGUGGGAGGAAAGAAAGCUGGAAGAGUGGAGCGGCAGGACAAAGCCUGGCAAGUAAUAGGUGGAUAUCGCUGAGGGGGGGUUUGG